AUGGACAUCCAUCGGAAAAUAUUUAUUGCCUACAAAAAAAGCAAAAAGUUCCCUUUGCUCUUGGAAAUCUACAAGUCGCUUAAUAUCAGGAUCCCGCACUACUUAUCUCACGUAUACAUCAAGAACCAUUACAACAGCAUGGAAGACUCGUUUAUCAGGCUGCUGGAAAAGAGCACAAUACAAAAAUACUUCCGUAGCAUGCUCUCCACGUAUUCAAAAAUGCUUGUAAGUGCUGAUGUACCACGAAUCGUUUUGAUACUGAGCAACAUGUGCUAUAUCUUUGAACAGGAUCUUGUUUUAAACGAAAUAGAUGAAGGUAGAAUAUACAGAAUCGUGAUGGAAUUGACCGAUAGAUUCUUUUACGAGGAUACGUUAGAGGUGAGUGAACGAGCUGGCGUUAAAACCACAGAUGAAUUGAAGUUUUGGUUGCUCCGGCUUUUGAAAAAUAUUAGGAUAUACUUUCACGAUGAAAGAGAAUUCUUGAUUUUGAAGUAUCUUGACAAUUGGGAUGAAAAUGACACUUCAAAGCUACACAAAUAUUUGAAAGACGAUCUUUCAGAUAAUUUAGCACUCCUUCACAAAGUGCUGAUGCAAGAUAACACGUAUUUCGAUCCUGAAAUAUACGCAAUGCUGGUAUCACUGUACAAAGAAAGGAUAUUCGGGCAGGAUAACAUGUUUAAUCAGCAGUUCUUCGAUAGUCUUGUUCUAAAGGAUAAUAUGAAUGGCAAAUAUAGGAAUUUACACCAUAUUAAAACGGAAAAAGAGAUGAACAAGCCGAGGUCGUCGUGUAACAGGCACAUAAAAUUGAUGAUGAGACAGAAAUUUACUAAAAAAAUGAACUAUCGCAUUCUCCAAGAUUGUAUCGAAUUAAUUCAAAAACGGUAUGGAUUGAACAGAAUACCUGAACUGGCUCGAUAUAGCAUAGAAAAUCUUCGGUCGAUCGGCGAGAAUCGGAUCGAAGAAUACAUAGCCGAAAAUAGAACAGCGAUCAUUGAGGAUUUGAAUGUUAAUAAGGUUGAAAUCUUAGCGAAGGUUCUCCGAACAGAUAACUUUACCAGGUCGAUAGUUUUUGACUUAUUUGAUGUAAAGAAAACCGUUAAAAAAAAUUACAAUGAGUUGAUAAGCUCUGCAUCACAGGCAGUAAGUGAUUCUGAACUAAAAAUUACCGAUCAAACUGCAAUUACCAAAGAAUACCACGGUAUUAAAACGUAUCAAUUCAUUGAAAAUAUUGGUGUGGGCAACUACGAAGUAGUGGAUAACAAAAAAUUGGGAACGGUCGAUAGUUUGCCGACGAGCUUCGGGUCAGAUACGAGUAUAAACGAUCUCAAUAAUUUGCUUUUAUUUAACAAUGUAAAACGGCUUGCCAUCCGAGUAGAUUACGAUUAUGGAGUGAUAAGAAAGAUAUUUAACAUUCAUAAAUCCGUAAAGAUAACAGGAGUGUUGCUAGAGGGAUCCAUCAAUUUUGAUUAUUUAAUACUUUUGAAUGACGCGGUAACCAGUAAAAUUCUGCGAAGGAAGAGUCUGAAUGGGUUGUUUUAUAAACUAUUGUACAGCGAAUUAACGGGAAAAUCAUUGGUAUUAAAAUACAGAAUUCUUGGUUCGUUGGUUCAGCAGUACAGAGAAAUGGACGUUUUUAUCGUAGAGAACAAUUUACAUGACGUGGAACAGAGAGGAAUAAAAAAAUUGAGUGGUAAGAACGGGAACAUCCAGAAGAAGGCAGCAAAUGAUAAAAAAAUGUACAAAAGAACCGAUAAUUUGGAUAUAAACGAAGAUAAUACUGAAAUAUUAUCUGUCAAAAUAUGGGAUGAGGUGCAGGUGUUCGAGAUCGAGGAGAUCCCUUACAUUUUGGAACUACUAAUCGCAUGUAUAAAUAAUACAAAGAAAGGCUUUCUACUUCGUAGGAUAGAGGCGAAAAUAGAACAUUACAUAUCGCUGCACAGUUGUUAUUUUUAUGGGAGAGACAUGAAUUUGUUCUUUAAAUUUCUUGAAAGUAUCCUACGAUACGAUCUGAGAAACAAGAAAUUGCUGUCUAGAAUAUUUGAUUUUCUCCUAGAAUAUGAACAGGAAGAGAUAUUGAAUGUACUUUACGAGCACAAUCGUACGUUUUUUCUGUACUUAUGUGCAGGCAUUUAUAAAAUAGACAACUAUACGACACCGAAUAGCAUUAUUUGGGAUGAUAAACAUAGAAAAAUACUAUAUCGUGUUCUUGAGUCACACUGA